AUGAAGAAGCAAGAUCCAGAUUUCAAAUGGCCUGACAUUGUGGAGUCAUGGGAAUCCUUGACAGCAGGAUCUAUGCAACUCCUAAAAGGGGCAUCAAUCUUCCUUGUUGGUGAUUCAACUGAAAUUAACCAACAAGUGGCUCGAGAACUUGCUGUUGGUCUCGGGUACACACCACUUGAUACACAGGAGUUGCUGGAAACAUUUGCUAAGCAAACAAUUGAUUCAUGGGUGCUUGCUGAAGGCUCUGACUCUGUAGCUGAGGCAGAAAGUGCUAUAUUAGAAAGCCUGAGCAGUCAUGUACGUGCUGUUGUUUCAACAUUAGGAGGGAAGCAGGGAGCUGCUGCUAGGGCUGAUAAAUGGCAGCAUUUUUAUGCAGGAUUCACUGUCUGGUUGUCACAGACUGAAGCCUUAGAUGAGGAUUCAGCAAAAGAGGAGGCUAGAAGGAAUGUUAAACAUCGCAGUGUAGCAUACUCAAAUGCUGAUGUGGUUGUGAAGCUCCAAGGUUGGUCUGCUGAUUAUGCCAAAAGUGUUGCUCAGGCAUCCUUGAGUGCUCUCAAGCAGUUGAUUCUGUCGGACAAGAAACUUCCAGGUAAGAAGAGCCUUUAUAUAAGGUUAGGAUGCCGUGGUGAUUGGCCAAACAUCAAGCCUCCUGGUUGGGAUCCAUCCGCUGAAUCUGAAUCGACCUCCUAG